AUGGAUUUUCAGAGAAACUGGACAGAGUAUAAAAAUGGCUUUGGUGAUCAACGUGACCAGUUUUGGAUGGGAAACGAGGCUCUCCACGCGUUAACCAAUCAGGGAAACUAUUCCAUGCAGAUUGACAUGCUGUCUUGUAAUGGAAACUUCUACUAUGCCAGAUGGAACCUAUUUCGGAUUGAAAACGAAACCCAAAAGUAUGCCGUAGAAGCUAUCAGCGUAGAAUCUUUUAACACAUCUUCUAACUCUAACCUUGAUGACGUGCAUGGCAGAAGAUUUGGCACGUACGACGUCCCCAUUGGUGACUGUAGUGAGGAGAGAGGCGGAGGGUGGUGGUUCAACCAUUGUGCCCGGUGGCAUCUCACGGGGUACUAUCCCGACUGCGAUAUGACGGAAAGACGAGAGAAACGAAUGAAAUUCGUUCCCAUCACUAAUACGAACUGUGAUCGGGGGUGUCUACUCCAAGCUGCUACGAUGAAGAUCCGGAGAAAUGUUUAG